UGCCAUGGCGAGCGGUGUGGGCAGUGCCGGGGGCUGAAGUUGCCGAGCACAAGGAAAAGGCGGAAGCAAGAUGGCGGCGCUGGCUUCGGAGCUGCUGCUGCUGAGCGACUCCAGGCGCUUCCGCGAAGACAACCUGCUGAGCAGCGAGGACUGGGAUGCAGGUCUCUACAGCUGCUUGGAUAAUGAUGGAGCUAUGGCAGCUGAGCUCUUCCCCUGCCUUGAAAGGAGUAUUAUGGCUGGUGACUGUGGCAAUUCUAUGCAGUUCAGUGAUGGGUUUGACUUGGACAUGGAGACAUCCCCUCCGGAUCCACCUUGGGACUCAUUUCAAGACUCUCACAUCUUAGAGGUACAAGUAAAGUCUGAGCCAGUCUCUCCUGCCUCAUCUCAUUGCUCUGAUUCAUCAUCCUCUGAUUCGUCUGCUGCAUCUUCUUCCUCCUCCUCUUCUGCUGAUCUCCUUGGGCAGGCCCCUAACCCAGAUGAUGUAAUUGGAGUGAAGCCAGAGCGUCCACCAACCCCUCCAUGCAUGUUUGGAGAUGUCCUUUCACCUCCCUUUGGCACUGUCCACAUCAAUGUAGUACCAGCUCCUGAGACAGGGAAACCAACAGCUUCCAACAAAGCAGAGUGCAUUCUCAGUCGAAAACCUCCUAUCCAGCCAAAGCCAGUUGUGGUAACCACUGUCCCAGUACAGCCAACAACCACUUCCAGUAAGACCAUCUUACUACAGCCUGUUCCUGUAACCCAGUCGCAAACUGUCAGCCCAGGAAUUUCAGUUCCAACGCAGGGUGUUGUGAUUUCCCAAUCUGAACUGCUGCAUCUUCCAGUAUCUGGGCUGAUCAAGGUUCAAUCCCCUGUGAAGGAAGGUCUCCCCACAAAACCAACUUCUUCUGCCCCCAAACCAGAAGCCAAGACUAUUGUUCCCGCACCAACACAAAUGGGAUCCUGCAACCAAGAGAUUGAUAUCAAAGUGCUAAAACGGCAGCAGAGGAUGAUUAAGAACCGUGAGUCAGCUUGCCAGUCACGGCGAAAAAAGAAAGAAUACCUGCAAGGGCUUGAGUCCCGGUUGCGGGAGGCCCUGACAGAGAAUGAGCGAUUACGGCGGGAGAAUGCUCUCCUCCGCCGUCGACUGGACUGCGUCCUGAAUGAGAACAGUGAGUUGAAAUUUGGUUCCGGGAACCGGAAAGUCAUCUGUGUCAUGGUUGUGCUGCUCUUCAUAGCCUUCAAUUUUGGGCCUGUCAGCAUCAGUGAGCGAAAGACAACAGAUGUGACCCUGCCCAAGCAGGAAGUGGAGCCUAGCCCAGGCCAGAGGCACCUCCUAGGAAUUGCAGGGGAAUCUCAUGACAUCCCAGAGGAAGAGCCGGAGGAGCAGCAAGACGAGGCUCCAGCUAAGCCAGGGAAGACAUCAUUCCGGAACUUGUCAACUCCCUUCUCUGACAUGAAGGAACUCAUGCUGAGAGACUUGGACAAGUUGUUCCUUACUUCAGAUUGCCGCCAGUUCAAUCGCACUGAAUCACUCAGACUGGCAGAUGAGCUCAGCGGUUGGGUCCGACGACACCAGAUCAACCGGAGGAAGCCCUCACAGUCUCGUAAAGCAGCACAGGCCAGCCAGGACAAACCAAAAGGGAUGCCUCCAAGCCCCUCCCACUAUGUGCCUGCCAACCCCCCCAGACAAACACAGAGAGAUUCCCUGCAGCAGCUACAGGUUUAUCAGCAUCCUGACCACACUGAACACGACUUCAUGGAUGCCAUUGAUCGUCGAGAAGAUACCUUCUAUGUAGUGUCCUUUCGACGGGACCACCUGCUGUUGCCUGCCAUCAGCCACAACAAAACCUCUCGCCCCAAAAUGUCAUUGGUGAUGCCAGCCAUGGCCCUCAAUGAGAGCCUGUACAAUUCCUCCCUGGGCUAUGAGGUAAUGAUGCAAAUAGACUGUGAAGUGAUGGACACCCGGGUCAUCCACAUCAAGAGCUCUACAGUGCCCCCCUUUCUGCGACGCCACGACCCUGCCCCAAACAACCGCACCCAGCCGUCCCCUCAGUCCUUUACUGGCAGAGCGACUCGCACAGCUUUGCGGGCCCAUCGGUCCACCCUGUCCUCUGCCAGACGGCACCCGCAUCGUACCCUUUACCUUGGAGAGCAUGGAGAGGGCUAGUCUGAUCCUACUAGGAGGAUUAAAAAAAUCUCCCAUAACUAUUGCAAUGGUACGCACACAGUCCUGGGAACAUGAUCCUUCCAUGAGGGAAAUGGACAAAAUAGCAAACAUACAGCAUUCCCUCUGGACACUAACCUGUGCGAGGGAUGGACAUUUCCUCUCCCCUUCUGCAUCAUCGUUUUUCUUGCAAAUCACCUGAUCCAAUCUCAGGAUGGCAUCAGUGUGGGUCUCUUCCUGCUGCUGUUAGGGAUGACAUGUUGCUGCCUCAUACCUGCCUUCCUCCACAGCUGGGUCUUGAAACCUCAGUGCUGUCCUUAAAGAAACUUUCUGCCUGUUUCUAUUGCCGCCUGAAGGUCAUUGAAAGAAAGCUGUGUGUUCAAUCAAAGGGAAAGAAAGACGAAGUCUCUUGUCCUGCUGACUGCAAUGGUGUAGGUGUGUGUGUGUGUGUGUGUGUGUGUGUGUGUGUGUGAGUAAAUGUGUGAGAGGGAACUUUCUCUUCUGCAAAGCAGAGGGAGUGUGCAUGUGUGCGCUUAGGUAUGUUCUCCCCUCCCAUUUGUUCGGAUGGCACUUAGACCUACCCUUUUGGGUCCUUUUUGUGUUUUGUUUUUCCUCAAUUGUAUUUUUUAAAAAGUAAAUACUGUAAUAGCAACAAAUAAAUUUAAUGUGUGACCUUUA